UCCAAAACAAAAUAUUCUCUUUGAUCAACCAUGGAAGAAGAAGAUGAUGAAGUUUGUAACACAACACUUGAUUUGGGAAUCGGAUUAAACAAAUUCAUGCCGAAAAGGGAUCAUGAUCGGAAGAAUAAGCGCGUGUUUUUUCUUGAUCUUUCGAUCCCACUUCACUCGAGUAAUCAUGCAAUCGAGGGCUCGGGUUCUGGCUUUGGUUCUGGUUCCAGUAGUUUGAAAGUCAAUUUUGAAGAUGACAAACAAGCUAGCAAAGACAGUGUUUCCAAUGGUAGCAAAGAGGAUGAAGACAGAAACUAUGGCAGAAAGAAAUUGAGGCUUAGUAAAGAACAAAUCUUCUUGCUUGAAGACACUUUCAAACAGCACACUACCCUUAAUACGGUUCAGAAACAGACACUUGCAGAAAGGUUGAAUCUGAAACCAAGACAAGUAGAAGUUUGGUUUCAAAACAGAAGAGCCAGGACGAAACUGAAGCAAACCGAGGUGGACUACGAGUUCUUGAAGAAACACUUUCAAAGAUUAAGCGAAGAGAAUCGGAGAUUGAAUAAAGAGUUGGUGGAGCUACAGUCCGCCGUGAAAAUGGAACAAACACCGUCAACGCCGCUGCCGUUUUUCAUUCAGGUACCUAAGGCGGCGGCAACACUUACAAUGUGUCCGUCUUGCGAGAAAGUUAGCAAGAGUAGGGGCGGCGACGGCGGAAAAGCAGGAGGCGGCAGCGGCCACACUGGAGGUGGUCCUUAUACCUAAACAAUAGGAAAACGGCUUGAAUAUAUAGACGUCACUGUAAAUUAAUGAUUUAAGCAGACAUUAAUAACUCAAUAAUUUCUGGAUGAAAAUUUCAUAGGUGAUCACUUAAUUUACAAGUCUAUUCUAUGUUGCUACUUAACUUUAUUUAUACAAUAAAAAUUAUUGAAAAAGAUCCACAGAAUGUUAUGAAUUGGAAGUUGGAACGAAUUCUUUA